CUAAAUGUCUACUAAUCACGACUCUAAAUGAAUUGUCUGGGAAGCAUAAAUUAUUAGAAUAGUUCCCAGAAGACUUCGUCAAAAAAAUUUAGUCUGUUCAAAUGAAAGGAAAUAGAAAAUUGAAAAGGUGUGGAAAAUCUGUACUUUUUUUCACAUGCAUGGACUGAAGUAAAGUGGCACUGUUUUAUCACUCGAAAAAAAGUACUCCUCCGAAUCUCAUACGAAUAUAUGAGGUGGCUGGUGUGAAAUACUGAAGGCAAAACCAUUUUGAUGUCAAAGUAAAAUCAUCCGUUUUUUUUUCUUGCAACAUAUUAUUAUUAUUAUUUGAAUGGGAAAAAAAAUAAUGUCCGCUUAGUUCAAAAAGGACUAAAUAAGGGUUUACUACAUCUAUGUGCGAUCCUUGUCCCUCGGAAUAGUGAAUUUUCCGUAAUUUUUCUCAAAAGUUAUUUUUUUUUAUGUUUUGGAUAAUAAGGAAUACAUCAAAAAGAGCAUGGAUGGCUAUUCAACACUGCUGAACUUUUACCUGAUGUCCACCAUCAACACAGGGAGCACCCUGUUGGACAUGUUUCUUGCCAUGCUUAUUCCCCUUGUGUACAACAGCAUCCUUAGAGUUAUCCGCGAAUAUGUGUAUACUCCCAUUCAAAGAGCCGUCCAAUGUUGUUUUAGUAGCAAAGUCAAGACCUCCAUUAUCGUCAACUACGAUACCAUGCAUGGCAUCUCGCUGGAUCUAAACGAAAAUCCAGUGCUUCAGGAAGCGCUAAUGCACUAUGUAGGCAACGUGGUAAAGCCUACGUACCCAUUUGGAAGUUAUCGGUUUACCCGCCUCGCGGCGAGUAGCCCGACGGCGCGUAAUGCCUCUCUUGCCGACACCCUCCGCCAUACCUACUUUUUGCAGACCAUCCCGAGCAGUGAGAAGGCUGUGGAUCUCAGCCCUGGUCUCGCACUCUGUAUCUACGAAGAUGACAAACAAAAGAAAGAAAAAGGUCCAAGGCAAAAUCAUUCAGCGCCCAUGGAAGCUGGAGGGCACACCGACACCUCAGACUCCCAUGGAAAGAGCUCUAAUAAACAAAAGAAAACCACCUUAGUGUUCGAGACCAACCCUUUCGCACGCGAGGAUGCCGUGAUGUCGUUCACUCAAAAGGCGUUUCAGGUCUACAAAAAUGACAUCAAGCGGGCGGUGGACUCUGAGCGGUACAUGUUCCAGCCACUCUUGGCACAAAAAGGGAUGCGCGAUGGGAAACUCAAUGGGGUGAUAGGGCCCACCUCAUGCCAGCGCUACCGUCUCUCCCUCGAGAAAACCUUCAAUACGCUCUUCUUUCCGGAGAAAGAAAAGCUUAUUCACCUUAUUCAUCAAUUCGAAAGCCGCUCGGGAAAGUUUUCCGUCCCCGGUUUCCCCCACAAGCUAAUUCUUCUCUUGUACGGCCCGCCUGGGACGGGAAAGACAAGCUUGGUGAAGGCCAUCGCCGCGCACACCAAUCGCCACAUUCUCUCUAUUGUCCUUUCUCACAUUGAGACCAACCGGGAGCUUUUAAAUCUCAUGCACGACGGUCGGUUUUCUGUGAUGAACGGAAAAUCUGACGGUCAUACCAAUCGUGAUGUCAUCACGGAGAAUCUACGACCUGAAAAGGUGAUUUAUAUGCUAGAGGACAUCGAUGCGGCCUCGGAAGUUGUUCGCAGCGUAGAAAAGACCAACAGUUUGAGUACGGAGAGGCAAGGAGGACGCAUGAGCGGCAUUCCAAGCGUCUCGACCAUCGACGAGGAUACGACAGUAGUGGCGCAGAACAGCAAUAAUACCAUUACGGAGACCUCCGAGGGCACAACAAACGACGAGUCUAAGUCCCAACAAACGAUCGAAAGGGUGUUCAUCUCAAACCAUAACAAAAGCCAAAGGCACUUAGCAAGUAUGGUGGAAGAUCGAUUGAGUCUGAAGGGGCUCUUGCGGGCUUUGGGUGGAAUAUUGGACGCCCCAGGCCGAAUUGUAGUUUUGACAACAAACCAUGUCGAUUGUCUGGCGCCCGCGUUGUUAAAGCCGGGGAUUGUCACGAUGAAACUCUAUAUGGGCAACUUUAACGCGGAAUGCGGGAUCGAAAUGAUCAAGCACUACUUUCGUGAUGACUUGGACGAUGGCAGCGAUGCUGAUGGUAAUAACAACGACACAACCACAAGCAAGAAUUUACCCAAUAAGAGCGGUCGUAAACCCCGUCAAGUGAUUCUAAAUGAAAUCGGGAAUGUUAUUUUAGACGCGCAAAAAUCGGGUGCGGGAUUCAGUCCGGCAGAAGUUGAGCAAAUGUGUGCAGAAAACAACACAUUGGAAGAACUUUUCGAGGCUCUGAAGAGGGGUAAUCGUACCGAAUCCUUCUAA